CUUACACCUCUCAUUACUCCUUCUCUCUCCGCCUCUUUCUCUUUCUAGAACCUCAUCAAAUUGCUCAUAUUUGUUCAAUUUGUACACGCCUCUCUUCUCUCACUAGAAUCUUUUCAGCCUCUCUCUCUCUCUCUUCCUUCUCUGCAAAAUUUUCCUGGAAAAUAUGUAUACGUGGGAGAAGACCCGAAUGGAAGAUCAGUUCAAGCGUGAGAAGAAAAACCCAUCUUUCUCUUCAUCUCUCCUUGAUGAGAUUUACCGUUCAAUUGACGAAGGAGACACCAAGCAUGAAGAUUUGAAGUUCUACAGAGAAACAAUGACGAAGAAACAGAGCAAAAACAGUAUCCCCAAAUGCAACAGAGUCUCAAUCGAAGAAGAGGGGAUUUCGACUCUUCGUCGGGCUUGUUUGAUCGAAAAAUGGAUGGAAAAGAAAGUGACAGAGAAGGCCAACACUCAAAGAAGACAAUAUUUGUCUGAAUUUGAGAAGAAAUCGCAUCGUGACAGUGAUUACGACCCAGAUGUUUUGUUUUGCAGCUCUAAUUCGAGCUCUUCAGAUUCAAGCUCUGGUGGCUUGUGGUCAUCCGACACAGAUUCCAUCUAUGGUACCAGAUCAAAAGUCUCCUCGGAUUCCUCAAUUCCAAAGCCAAAACCUGUAAGGACAAGUGUUGCUGCUUCUCGACCAGAGAAAACAGAGAAGAAAACAGGGAGAACAGAGAAGUCUCUGUUCCAUAACCAGAGUGAGUUUCAUAUGCUCGACGAUUACAACUACACUUCUUCUACAGAGCACACUCCGAAGCUAUCAAGGGCCUUGAAGAUUUACAGCAAUCUAAAGAAGGUGAAGCAACCAAUUUCUCCUGGUGGUAAACUCGCAAAUUUCAUCAACUCUAUUUUCACUUCAGGGCACACAAAGAAAUCCAAGAAUUCUUCGUCUUCUGCUAAGGAGAGAAAACCAAAUUCAGGCCAAGAAUCGACAUGUUCCUCGGCAUCAUCGUUUUCGAGAUCGUGCUUGAGUAAGAAUUCACCAUCUACAAGGGAGAAAUUGAGAAAUGGGGUCAAGAGGAAUGUCACAUUUUACCCAGUAAGUGUGAUCGUAGACGAAGAUUGCAGGCCCUGUGGCCACAAACAAGUAUAUCCAGGGCAAGAGGAUGGGAAUCUAAUGUCUGUUUCAGUCCCCACUGCUUGGAAAAUCGGGAAAUCACAGACGACGAAAGGCGAAGACGAGAACAAAGUACAUGUGAUGGAGAAGAGCAGGAGAGUAGAAGAGAUUGCGCGAGAGUUCUUGAAAGAGUAUCGUCGCCCAAAUCACAGGAAGAAUGACUCAAUCAUGAGAGACUGUCAAAGAAAUCGCAAUGUUGAUUACGAUGAAGAUGAAGAAGAAGAUGAUGAUGCUGCAAGUUAUUCGAGUUCGGAUUUGUUCGAGCUUGAUCAUCUUUCAACAAUUGGUAAAGAGAGGUACAUGCAAGAGUUGCCCGUCUAUGAAACUACUCAUGUUAAUACUAAUCACGCCAUCGCUAAUGGCUUGAUAAUGUAGUUUUUGUUCACAUGGUGAUGGUAUAGAAUCAAAUUUUCAAUAUUGUUUCCCAGUUUUGAUUAAUAGAAAUUGUCCAAAAUUUUAACAUGAUAACUGGUCGAGUAAA